AUGUCUGGUUUCUUGCAGCGAACAUACAGACUCUCGCAAGAUAUAAAAUUCACUUUGCUUGCUCUCGUCAUGGAUUCGGUACGAAAUUGUCCGCUGUGUUCGUCCGCUGUUUGUCUUUACUCAAUCGAUUUCAACCGCAGAUUUUACAUGUGCGAAAAUAGAGAGUGCUCAUAUCCUUUUGGAAGUUCAGAUUUUGGAGACUUGAUAACAACAGAUUCUUCAGAGACGAAUGGUAGUGAAGUUGAGACGAUAAAUGUGAUAGACGAUUCCCAACCCAACGAUAUAAUAGCGGAUAUGACAGCAACUACUUCGCCAGAGUCUCUACAACCGAUAACACCAAAGGAAUAUACGAAUUCGCCAUCUUUCGGGACAGAUAUCCCCAUCCUCGAUGGUGACUUAUCGGUAAAUAUCGAUCUCCUAACCCUGUUAGGAGUCACUCCGGUGCCGGAUUCGGUUGAAGAAUCUUCAGAGAGUUGUGUUAAACUAUUCGAUGAAUCGUUUUUGAAGGAAUUUGGUAUCAAUUUAUUAGAGCCUGAUCAGCAAGCACAUUUUAUCGAAGGACACGAAGGUACGCUGUUUGUGUCCGAGGAUCAGCGCAAAAUGCAAGAAGGGUCCAUUAUUGAAAGCUUUGAUUUUAGUGUGGACAAUAUGAACAUGAACACUGAAGACGAGAGUGUCUCGCUAGAGUUGCCAUGA